AUGGAAACGGCGCGUGGAACAGGAACCGAACUCUUUUCUUAUGCUCCCGGAUCUGAGGACACGGCAAUUUCAGUAAAGGAAAAAACAGCGGUAGAAGUAAGCAAACGUUUGGGGAGUGGGUCUGCUGCUGGUGGAAGGGGUAGUAUGAAAACAGCUGUGCUUAGAGAUGAACUGGAAGAUGAUGAGGCAGGAUUUGAAAAUGCAAAGACAGCUGUGCCUGGAGAGGGAAGUGGAGCUACAAAGACUGCAGCAGCACCAGAUGCAAAAGAAUCGCCCGUAGAGGACAAGGAAGGAAGAGGAGGAGGGGCAAAGACAGCAAUUAGUGGUGAUGAUACAACUGGAGAGACAAAAACUGAUGAAGAAAAGAAGGAAAAUGAAGAAGAGAAAAAAGAAGGAAAGGAAGAAGCAGCCGAGGGAGAGGAAGGCUCGGAGGAAUAAAAGAAUUUGUAGAAGUAAUGAAAGAUGUUGAGAGAAUAGAUGUAAAAAAGAAUAUAAUAAUUUGUAAAUUGUAGA